AUGGUGGACAGAAAACGUGGGGCGGCUUCAAGCGAGACGCCGACGAGAAAAAUCCGUAAAGGGGCUCAUGCCGAGCGGCUCAAGCGGGAAGAAGAGGCGGACAAUUCGCUGGAACCCUCGCCAAGUCCCAAACCAGACGACGUGAAGGUCAAGACAGAAGACGAGGAGAAUGAAGAGGAGGAGGAGGAAGAUGAUGAAAAUGACGAGUCUUUUGGUGAAAAGGAGGAAUCGGUGGCGAAUGGGAAAGUCGAAAAAGAUAAUGACGAUGAUGAUGACGACGAAGAUGACGAUGAAAACAAUGAAAACGACAACGACAACGACAACGAAAACGAAAAUGAGAAUGGAGAUGAAGACGAAGAUGAAGAUGAAAAGAGACGAAUAACCACUUUCAAUUUCGACGGCGUCGAAUACUCCUUCAAAGAAAGACCGUCUGUGCUCGAAGAACGAGACGGUAAGAUCGAGUUCCGUGUAGUCAACAACGACAACACCCGAGAAAACCUAAUAGUGCUUACGGGACUCAAGAACAUUUUCCAGAAACAGUUGCCCAAGAUGCCUCGAGAGUACAUUCUGCGAUUGGUGUACGAUAGAUCACAUUUGUCGAUGGCUGUGGUUCGUAAACCACUUACGGUGGUUGGAGGAAUCACGUAUAGACCGUUUGACAAGCGAGGUUUUGCUGAAAUUGUCUUCUGUGCUAUUUCUUCUACAGAGCAGGUGCGUGGUUACGGUGCCCAUUUGAUGAAUCAUUUGAAAGAUUACGUUCGUGCUACGUCUCCAGUGAAAUAUUUCCUCACGUACGCUGAUAACUACGCCAUUGGGUAUUUCAAGAAGCAGGGCUUCACGAAAGAAAUCACCCUAGAUAAGCUGGUCUGGAUGGGUUACAUCAAGGAUUAUGAAGGCGGUACGCUAAUGCAGUGUGCUAUGCUACCCAGCAGAUUACGAUACUUGGAUCUGGGUAAGAUCCUUCUUCUUCAAAAAGCUGCUAUAGAAAAGAAGAUCAAAAUGCGUUCAAAGUCACACGUUGUUCGUGCUGGUCUUCGCGUGUUCAAGAACGCUGGCCCAAACUUCAAACUUCAAGCCAAAGAUAUCCCAGGCCUUCUGGAGAGCGGAUGGCUGGAGGAAAUGGACAAACUAGCACAGAAACCAAAAAGAGGUCCACAUUACAAUUUCAUGAUGACGCUUCUACAAGAACUCACCAACCAUCCUUCUGCCUGGCCAUUUGCCGUGCCUGUUAAUAAAGAAGAGGUCGGUGACUACUAUGAUGUAAUCAAGGAACCCAUGGAUCUCAGUACUAUGGAGCUGAAGUUGGAAAACGACAAGUACGAAUCUUUCGAACAGUUCAUCUACGACUGCCGUUUGAUCUUCAACAACUGCAGAUCUUACAAUGCCGAAACAACCACCUACUAUAAAAAUGCCACCAAACUCGAAAAGUUCCUUAAUAAGAAGAUCAAGGAAAGCGCUGAUUACUCGCACUACUUGGACUAG